ACGCUCUUCCCUCUCCGCGGUAAAAUCACCCAAAGACCCGAAACUCAAAACUGAAACGUAAAAUCACCCAAAGACCCGAAACUCAACACUGAAACUUUACACAGAUCUUAGCUCUGCCGUCCAGCAUUUCCAUUUCUUUUCCUUUUCCGCUUUCAAGGUCCAAAAAUUUUCAAUCAAACUUUCCUGGAAAAUCCAAUCUCCAUCUCUCUUUAUCGACUCCAUUUUCGCUUUACUGGAUUUGCAACCCAAUCUCUCCAUAGAUUCUUACCUAUUUUAGGGUUCCUGAAUGCGAUGACUCGCCGUCGGUCAAUUUGAUCAUGUAAUUAGUCAAUCCAUCGAAUGGCGUCUAUUCGUCGAACGCUAUCACCGGCACAUCACGACCGCACAUAUCAAAACGGCGUCGCUUCCGCCAACUCUCCACUUUCAGUUGAUUCGCCCUCUCACAAGUUCUUUACCACCGACGCCACUAAGUGCUCCUCUACAUUAGCCACCUCCUUCUGCAGCUUCAACAUCGUCACUCUCCGCAGGUUCCUUGCCGGCGCUUCCCUUCAGAAACGAAAAGGAUUUCGCAGAUCUUUCUACAGAUGCUUGAUAUUCUUCGCUGUAGGCUUCUUUUUAGGUAUCUUUCUGUUUGGUUAUGUGGAAAAUGAUGUCCAGAAUCAUGAUUUCUCUUACGAGAUCAAGCCGCCGCAUGUCAAUGCUCAAUUAGAUAAUCGCAGUAUUAAGCACGAUGUUUUUGCGAUAAAUACUGUGAAUUUGGGGGUUGAUACGCAAAUGAGCUAUGUUUCCAGAUUUGAUUUUGUUCCGAGGAAGCUAUUAAUCGUGAUUACGCCAACGUAUAAUCGUGCUUUACAGGCCUAUUUUCUGCAUAGAUUAGGGCAGGUGCUCAGGCUGUUGCAGCCUCCUUUGUUGUGGAUUGUGGUGGAAACGAAGUCGGCGUCUAUGGAGACGGCAGACAUUCUGAGGAAAACGGGGGUAAUGUAUAGGCAUGUGGUGUGCGAGAGGAAUUCCACGACUGAGAAAGACAGAGGUGUACAUCAGAGAAAUGCGGCUUUGGAGCAUAUAGAGAGGCAUAGGCUCGAUGGAAUUGUUUAUUUCGCUGAUGAUGAUAAUGUGCAUUCGCUUGAGUUGUUCGAAAGCCUGAGAGAAAUCAGCCGAUUUGGCACUUGGCCUGUUGCAAUGCUUGCACAAAGUAAAAACAAAGCAAUUUUGGAAGGUCCAGUAUGCAAUGGAAGUCAGGUAAUUGGAUGGCACACCAAUGAAAAAAGUAAAAGACUCCGGAGGUUUCAUGUUGAUAUGUCAGGAUUUGCCUUCAACAGCACUAUCUUGUGGGACCCAAAGAGAUGGCAGCGCCACUCUUCGCAUCCAAUUCGACAGCUAGACACAACGAAGGAGGGCUUCCAAGAGACCACAUUCAUAGAGCAAAUGGUAGAAGAUGAAAGUCAAAUGGAUGGUGUUCCUCUGGGCUGUUCAAGGAUAUUGAGUUGGCAUCUUCAUUUGGAUGCUAGUGGUCUUGCGUAUCCCCGAGGUUGGCUGUUUCAGAAGAACCUUGAUGUCAUUCUCCCUGUCAAAUGAGUACAUUGCAAUUUUGAUGCUAAGAGCUCAAGACAGUUGUGGCCUGCUUCAUAUGGGUGCCUGUUCGUUUGCAAGCAUGUUGUUGCUUCAUUUGCUACUAUCAGCGCGAAGCAAGCAUCAAAAAAAAGAUGCCCGUCAGCCUUUGACAAAGAAACAAAGAUUUUUUUUCCCUUUACUUUUUGUUUUUGAAAUUUUCCUAGCACGAUAUUCUUUGUAUGUGAUUGUAAGUUUUUCAUCGGAAUCGAGAAAAGGAAAACUUAUUUAAAAGUUUGUAGGACUUUUCUCCGUGGCAUCUUCGUCUUCUGAUGGUGUUGGUGGUUGAGUGGUUGCACAUACCAUUUGGUCAGUGGUUUUAUCGAGUCUUCACUUAGAUUGUGAAAGGCGAGUGUCAAUGGAAGUGGUAUUUGGCUGUUGGCUCAAAUGAUUGUAAUUAAUUGAUAUACAAUUUGACCUAGCAACGGAAAUCUCAACGACCAGCUUUUUAUUUUUUGGUUUA